AUGGCGUUUGCACGGUGCCUUCUCGAUAUUUUCCUGUGUGGUAUACUUUUUCAAGAUCUCUUGGCGGCGGAGCACUUUAUAGUGGGUGGACAGAAUGCGGCGGAGGGAGAUGCCCCAUACCAGGUGUCGCUGCAAACACUUUUGGGCAGUCACUUGUGCGGUGGCGCCAUCAUUUCGGAUCGCUGGAUCCUAACUGCGGGUCAUUGUGUCAAGGGCUAUCCAGCCAGCAGACUCCAAGUGGCCACUGGAACAGUUCGCUAUGCGCAACCAGGGGCGCUGUAUUAUCCGGAAGCUAUCUACCUGCACUGCAACUACGAUAGUCCCAAGUAUUAUAAUGACAUAGGCCUGCUCAAAUUAAACCAAAGUGUGGUUUUUAAUGCACUGACUCAGGCGGUUAAGCUUCCAACCUCCUCCUUUCCUCGAGGAACUUCUGAUCUGGUCUUCACUGGCUGGGGAUCCCAGUCAGCGGCGGGGAGUCUGCCCUCCCAGUUGCAGCGAGUCCAGCAGCAGCAUCUUAGCAGCCUGGCCUGCUCAUCCCUGCUCUUCGGCUACGAUGAUCUGGAACUGGGUCCCUGCCACCUUUGUGCCUACCGGCAGUCCAACAUUGGAGCCUGCCAUGGGGACUCUGGAGGACCCCUGGUUCACCAGGGCACCCUCGUGGGUAUACUCAACUUUUUCGUACCCUGUGCCCAGGGGGUUCCGGAUGUAUUCAUGGAUGUUAUGUACUACUACGACUGGUUGCGGCAAACGAUGAGCGGAAAUGGCAGGUGUACGCAGGUCAAUCAGCAGACAAUAAAUGGCUGAAUAAAUACUUCUAAACACUCUCAGAAAAUGUCUGUCCUAAAAAAUAGACAAUGUUUUAUGACAGCACCAGAGUGUUCGGAUAUUAAAAUUAAAAGUGUGCUUACAAUGGUCUCCUAUAUUAACUAUGUAUUUAAAUAUUAUUAAUAUUUCAUUUUCAAAGAAAUACACUAAAUGUUCGAAUGAAAUACGUAAAAUGUUUUGUAGCCUGGCAUAAGAUACUAAUAUUAUAGUUGCUGGUACAGUCAAACAACCAUUUUUAUAAAUCGAAACUCACAUUUUAUCUAUCUAACAUAAUGGGCGCUCAUUUGUCUAAGAAUACUAAAUA